CCUCCCUGCGGACGCGCCCCCCCCCGAGGAUGUGCAAGGGCCUGGCGGGGCUGCCGGCCUCCUGCCUGAGGAGCGCGAAGGACGUGAAGCACCGGCUGGGGGCGCUGCUGCAGAAGUCGGGGUCCUGCGAGCACGGCUCUUCCCACGGCAGGAGGGACAAGCUGGUCGUCUGCCAGAGGGUGGGCCCGGAGGAAGUCAAAAAGUGGGCGGAAUCUCUGGAGAGCCUGAUCAGCCAUGAGUGUCAACCUGGACGCCUGCACCCGGGAGGAGACCCGCCGGAACCUGCGGGCGCCCACGGCCACCUGCUUCGACGAGGCCCAGCGGCGCAUCUUCCACCUGAUGGAGAAGGACUCCUACCGCCGCUUCCUCCGGUCCCGCUUCUUCCUGGAGCUGGCCCGCCCCGCCGCCUGCAGGCCCGGGAAGCAGAGGGGGGCCAAGCCGGCCGCGGACGGCCCCUCCCUGGUGCCCCAGUGUGCCUAGUCCCCCCGGCGGCCGAGACUUGUGCCGGAGACCCGCGGCCAGCCGUGGUCCGUGGGCGGCAGGGGCGUGCGAGCCUGCACCGUAGCCUAGAACCCACGCUGCCCGCCCCGUGCCCUCCCUAGAUUUCGUGUCCAUGUUUCCGCGUCCGCUGGGCCAGCCUCUCAUUCCAGCCCGCCCCCCCGCCCCCCGGUUUUUAGAGACCGUUGGCCGCUCUGUCUGCCCAGCGGCGUGGCCUCAGGCGGGUCGGUCGGUGGGUCCCCGUCACGUGACACCCACAGGCUCACGGGUGGUGCUGGCCAGGACCUCCUGCAAACUGGGGGCGUUUGGGUGAGGCUGAUCAGUCGUGUGUUCACGUGCACGCACGCAAACACACGCGCGCACACCCGUAAGAAUGGACGGAGAGGCCCCAGGCACUCAGCGCCGGUGUGUACACACGCACACACACUUGCACGCACAUCCAGUCCCCGUCUCCACCCAGAGACCCAGCAGCAUCCCGCUCCUGCCGGCUCGCCUGCAGGCCCGCCGCCAUCCUCCAGGGGGCGCCAUACCUGAUUCAGCUGUG